AUGGAUGAUGAGGAAUGCGUGGCCGUCGCCGAACCGCUAGCCGAUUUUCUACCUAUUCGAUUAAUUUUAUUAUUUCAGGCUGGCUGUGGUAUCUCCGUUACUCUACAAUCCCUCUAUACGAUUCCAAAAUACGCCAGCUCACAUUUUCACGUGAAUUCCAAGUUACUCGUCAUCCUCUUGCUGGCAAUGUUCAUCGGAAUGGGUUGUAGUAUCGCGGGUACCUUUCUAUAUCACGUCGUGAUGCUGUCAAUGCCGCCAGGCUGCCACACGUUGGCCUCGCCCCUACAAUGCUUUCUCAUGCGGGGAUUCUCUAAUUUUUGCAUGUUCGCCUAUACCCCGAUGCACUUUGCGUUAUCCCUAGAGCGGUUAGCUGCCAGGCAUUUUGGGUCUAAAUAUGAGGAGAUGGGCUGCUGGCUCGGGAUUUUGUUAGCAGUAAUGGCGUUAACUGCUUCAGCCGGUAUCUACUAUUUCAUAAUGUCACACGAGAAUUGGGGCGCUGAAAAUUCGGUGCCGUACUGUACGAUAGGCAACAAAUACACCUCCUCCAGCGCCUCAACUUGUAUGCUAGUGCUCCUAGGAAUCGACAUGGUUGGAUUAUUUUUAAUGGGAUUUGCAUAUUGGAAAGAGUUCAAGGCUGUCAAG